UGAAUCUCGUGUAUUACAUUCGGUUGAAUUUCAGCAUUGAUAAACAACGCGUUUGGUUCUUGUUUACAUCCACACCGCAUACAAUUCAAACUGACCUGACUAAAGGUCGAGCCAGUUAUCACUUUCAUGCUGCUGUUUACCGCUCAUCCUUCUCUACCAGCAUUUGGAAACCCGACCAAACAACAUUCAUUCGAAUUAAUCGCUCGACCUUAACUCAUCGGUUGCGUGUGCGGCCACAAAAGUGUCUGACACAUCAGUUCCGUACGCUUGUCACAGUGGUCAAACAUUCAUACUAAAGCGAGAGUUAUAGCGUGCAGUAUUACCGGCUUUUCUCAAAAUGCGUCUUUUUACGCAUUGUCUUUUACUGAUAUCAGUAUUUGCGUACUCAAACGCUUUUAUUGGUGCCUAUCAACCGAUCCCAGUGGAAGAUAUUAACGGAGACCCCGGUAAGCCAUUGUUUCUUACGCCGAUUAUAAAAAGUGGACAAAUUGAACAAGCACAACAAUUAGCGGCUGUUAAUCAUACGCAUUUCAAAGGAGUAGAUAGUUAUUCUGGUUAUUUGACUGUUGAUGAAAAAACAGAGUCACAUUUGUUCUUCUGGUACUUUCCGGCACAGACUAAUGCUGAUAAAGCACCGGUUUUACUAUGGUUGCAAGGUGGACCUGGUGCCACUUCAAUGUUUGGUUUGUUUGGAGAACAUGGACCAUUUGAACCUAAAAGUAAACAUGGAUUAAAACUGAGAAAGUAUUCUUGGAACCUUAACCAUAACAUGAUUUACAUUGAUAACCCAGUUGGUACUGGAUACAGUCUAACAAAGAAUGGAUACGCUAAAAACGAAACAAAAGUCGGCGCUGAUCUGUAUGAAGCUCUGCUACAAUUCUUCCAAAUGUUUCCCAAACUGCAACAGAAUGAAUUUUUCGUUAGCGGUGAAUCCUAUGCCGGAAAAUAUGUCCCAGCUAUUUCUUAUACCAUUCACAAAAACAAUCCAAGCGCAGCUCAGAAAAUAAAUUUUGCUGGAAUGGCCAUUGGCAAUGGUUUAUCAGAUCCGGAACAUCAAUUCAAAUAUGGCGAGUAUCUGUAUCAGUUGGGGAUCAUUGACGGUGCAGGCCGGAAGUUGUUCCAGGACGCUGAAGCACAAGCAGUGUCAUUUAUUCAAAAGAAAGAAUGGCUCAGUGCAUUCCAAGUAUUCAAUCGCAUGCUGGACGCUGAUUUGAAUCAAACAUCAGUUUUUACAAACAUGACUGGUUUUACAAAUUACUACAACUUUUUGGUGGCAAAUGAUACAAAUCCAAAAAUGGCUUACAUGGGCAAAUUCAUCCAAAACGUUGAAACACGGAAAGCAAUCCACGUCGGUGACUCCCCUUUCAACGGUUUGGGCCAAGAUGUAGAAAUAAACCUAGUAGAAGACAUCAUGCAAUCGGUAGCUCCAUGGGUGAUCGAGUUACUGUCACAUUAUCCGGUUCUGAUUUACAAUGGCCAGCUGGACAUCAUUGUUGCAUAUCCGUUAACCGUGAACUACUUGAACAAUUUAAAAUUCAGUGCCGCUGAUGAAUAUAAAACCGCAAAGAGAUACGUCUGGAGAGUGGAUGGGGAAGUUGCUGGUUUUGCAAAACAUGCUGGUAAUUUAACGGAAGUGCUGGUGCGGAAUGCCGGACACAUGGUGCCAACCGAUCAGCCCAAAUGGGCUUUCGAUUUGAUUACACGUUUUACACACAGGAAAUCUUUUGUUUAAUGAGGUUGUUAAACAUUUGUAAUAUGCAAUAAAUUUUGAUCAAGUUGAAUAAUAAAAGAAUAGAUAUUUAAAAUGUAACUAAA